GCAUACCCUGCGCGGUGAGGCAAGGGGAGCGACAGCGCAUGCUCAGAGAAACGGCAGGCAAGCCAGCGCGUGAAGCAGUUCAAGGAGCGUAACGGGAGUCAGUGGAGGCUUGAAGGGUUUGAGAAGGUUGUUAGGCUCUCAGCUGAAACCUUCUUCACUUUCAUUUUCUCCUGACUGGACUGAAGAGCGUGGCAGAGGCUUUGAGGCCAGGGUGACAGUGACGUGGCCCAGGGAGCUCGGAAACGUACACAGAUCUGGGAAUAUUUGGAGAGCCAACAAAAGUUCAUAGUGGUGGAAGCACAGAAAGUGGAGAAGAAAGUGGCCCUGGACAUGAGGUCUAUUCAGGAAGAUGAACCCUCACUUGUACAAGCAGGAGCUGUUCCAGAGAGUCUGCCUGGGAUGAAAACCAAGGCCCAGGCUUCAGUAAAAAAAACCUCAUCUCUUGAGACAGUGCUUUCUGACAGUGUCCAUGAAAGCCAAUCCUGGGAAGACAAGGACCCAGUGACCUGGUCUGCAACGCCCUCAGUUUCAGAAGCCCAAUCUUCAGCAUUUCUGGUUGCAAAGGCUGAGGUCUGGGAGACCCAUGCUUGUGAAGCUCAGGCCCAGGCCAGCCACUCCAAGCGAACAUCUAUAAUGGAGAUGGAAAGUCUCGCAUUCCUAAAACAGAAACAUCCAGAUGAGAAUGUGCAUGUGAUAAACAAGGAAGAAAGUGAGAUCCCUCUGACCCGUCUGCUCUGGUCCAGCAAAGUUGAGUACAUCCUGGCCCAGGUGGGCUACACUGCGAGCCCAUCCAAUUUCUGGCGCUUUACCACCUUGUGGCUUCACAGCGGAAACUGCAUUUUCUUCAUUAUCUACACUUUCUUGCUGUUCUUGGUCGGGAUUCCUCUCCUUUUCCUGGAGAUGGCAGCUGGUCAGAAGAUGCAACAGAGUAGCAUGGAUGUGUGGAAGAUCAUUGGCCCUUGGUCUGGUGGUGUGGGGUAUAGCAGCUUCCUGGUAUGCUUUAUCACCACCCUUUACUUAAAUGUGAUAAAUGCCUGGAUCCUCUUCUACAUGAGCCAAUUCUUCCAGUUUCCAGUUCCAUGGGAGAAAUGUCCCUUAAUAAAGAACUCCAGUGACUUUGAUCCUGAAUGUGCACAGACAACACCCGUCAUAUACUUCUGGUACCGAGUAACCUUGAAGGCCUCAGACAGAAUUGAGAACAGUGGGCCACCAGUCUUCAGUCUGAGCCUGCCCUUCCUCAUGUCCUGGUGUCUUCUUGGUGUUUUCACAAUCAAUGGGCUCAAGUUGGCUGGGAAGGUAAUGUAUGUCUUGGUACUGCUCCCCUAUCUCAUCAGCAUCUGUUUCCUCCUCCGGAGUCUACUGCUGGAAGGGGCAAAAUUUGGCCUUCAACAUUUGGUGGCUAUUCAGAUAUCAGAUAUAUUCAACAUUCGUAUAUGGUGUUUGGCAGGGAGUCAAGUUUUGUUUACCAUGGGCCUAGGCUUUGGCCCCAUUACCUCCUUUGCCUCUCACAUGUCACAGUCCAAUGACUGUCUCAGGGAUGCCUUUGUUGUGGCUCUGGUCAACCUAGUCACCUUGUUGAUCAUCGUACCUCUCAACUUCUCUAUCAUGGGCUUCUGGGCUACAGUCACCACACACCGCUGCUGUGAGAAGAAUGUCGAAACCCUCAUAAAGCUGACAGAUCUGGGGAAACUGCCUCCCAAUGCCAGGCCCCCUGAAAACCUGCUCGAUAACCCAAUCUCCAUCUACAACACGUGGCUCAACAGCCUUCCCAGGCACAUCAAGAGCAUGGUCCUCAGUGUGGUGGCUGAGUGCAGCAUAAACAAUCAGUUUUCCAAGGUUAGGGAGGGCCCAAGCUUUGCAUUCCUAUCUUUUGUUGAAGCAGUGUCAUUCUUUCCUAUGUCUAUUUUCUGGUUUAUUAUCUUCUUCCUCAUGCUGCUGGCACUGGAGAUGAGCACCACCAUGGGGAUCAUGCAAACCAUAAUUCUCUCACUCCAGGAUACCUUCUCUUCCCUCAGGAAACAUACAAAACUGCUCACAGUGGGCCUCUCUUUUCUCAUGUUCCUGUGUGGACUCUUCUUCACUCGACCUACAGGCAUAUACUUCAUCAGACUACUAAUUGAAUACUGGACAGUUCUCCCCAUCAUCAUUAUCAUCAUAUUUGAAAACAUGGCUGUAGCCUGGGCCUAUGGGGCCAGGAGGUUCCUUACAGACAUGGCAAUCCUGUUGGGCCGUCCCAUCUCCCCCGUCUAUGGUUGGCUGUGGUGUUCUCUGUGUCCAGUUGUGCUGCUAAUCCUGUUUGUGACUGUCCUGAUGCAUCUUUGUAUGAAACACAUCACCUACAUGGCCUGGGACUCAAGUACUUCAAAAGAGGUACUUCAACAAUACCCAUCAUGGGGACUGCUCUUGGUGAUCGCCCUUUUUCUCAUUGUCAUCCUCCCCAUCCCUGUGUACUUUAUAUACUGCCUCACCCAUGGGAUUCCCUUCAGAUCCAAGAAGGGGGACAGACCUAUGAUGCCUUCCAAAUUCCUAUGCCUAAGUGUCCAGAUAAUGCCCAGUAAAGAGGCCCACAAGGAGGAAAUUCUACAAGGUGAUAAAACAAAGUGAUGACAAUCUGUCGUGUGACUUCCUAACUUCUUUCGCUUGGCUUCAUAUCACAUAUCUCUCAAAAUAGAUCUAACAGGCAACUGUUGAUAUAAACAUACAACUGUUGAUGUCCCUGGAUCCAGAAUCACUUUUAUUUCCAGGAGGAGGGACAUUAUUUGGGGGCACAAGGGGCCUGGCUUUGCGGAACCCUGCUCAGCCCUAUGAAAGGCCAUGGUCAUUGUAUUUUUUCCAUUCCCCUUCCUCAGCACUCACCUAUGCACAGUUCACAUACACUAUUGGUGACACCCACCAACCCUGCUGCUUCUGGUGCCUAUCUCCUGGAUCAGAGCUGGAGGAAUAAUGCUAUUGUCAGUACAUCAGUCCACUGGAACUCCAAGCACUGGGUCUCCGCCCCUCACACUCGCUUCCUCCCACUCGAAUCCAAACGGUCUACCUGGGAAUCCAAACGAUCCACCUGCUUGAAGACGCGUGCUAUUGAGUCGGCUUAAAACACCUAAAGUCCUUGAUGUCCUUAACUUCAACAAGGAAUGAGGCUCCAUCACUGCAGAAGGAGGAACUGGAGUCUACCCAGGAUCAUGAAAUCAUGGAAGCCCAGGAUGUGAAACCCCAG